CGGCAUGACCUGACAGUUUGCACUCUCGGACUGCUGCAAGCAAGUGUCACUUCUCCAUUUUCAGAGGCUCGUGAUAUUUUCAACGGGAGUGAUUCCUCUUUUUCCGACGUACUUUCGAUCCGAUCUCCAGGAAGAAACCCCGCUUCAAAAUGUCCGCCAGCAACGUCGCCCGCCUGAUGCUGCAGAACUCGCGCCAGUUCUCCCGGACGUCGGCCGCUUCGUCCGCCGAGGUCGCCGAGGGCUACAAGCAGCUCAAGCACAUCCAGGCCAAGUUCCAGAAACCCGACGGCAAGCCGGUGUUCCUGAAGGGUGGCGCCGCCGACAGCAUUCUGUUCGGUCUGACCGCGGUCCUGUGCGUGGUCGGAAUCGCCGGAAUGGGCAAGCUGAUGUUCGAACUCAGCUAUCCCCAGAAGAACGACGAGUAAGGAUCGCGGGUAUUGAAACAGUUACGAGCAGCAGCAGCAGAAGAUAAAACAAACUAAAAUAGUAGUCGACAAAAUUGUCUCAAAAAACGAGCAUUUAUCUCGCUCGGCAUUGGCGAUUAGAGAAAGGUACUUUUUUCAGCUUUGAUUGGAAGUAUUUGAAAGUUUAUAAAGUUCAACCUGCAGUUAAUUCCCCCCUGAACCGAUUGUAUUUAUGAUUCCGCAUUUUCCAGCGGUGCAGCAAGCAGCACCGGAAUAAAUGUUUGUGUUUUGAACAAUUUGUGACCUAAAA